AUGGAGGCUUGCCGCGGUGCGUACGAGCCGAAGUACCCGAUGCUGAGACAAGGGAGAGGCGUGGCGUUCUCCACCGUCACGCGCGGGUCUCACUUCGCGGGGAGAGCCGACGAGACGGUGGGCCCGGACAGGUACAACCCGUCCCUGAAGGCCACGACGGACCGGAAGCCCGCGUGGUCGCUGAGCUCGGGAGCGGAGCGCGGCGGGGGUGCGCCCUUCCUGAAGGGGCCACCGACGCGGAGGCCGCAGUCGGCGCGGCCCGCGGCGUCCACCUGCGAGGGGAGGAUCCAGGGCGCACGCGGCGCCCUCAUCGGGCGCGGGAUCAGCAGGGACACCGCGCAGGAGUUUCCUGUUCCUGGACCUGGCGCUUACGACAUCAAGCUGACCUCGAAGGCGCCCCCGGCCUUCAAGUUCCAGGGGCGCGGCGGCAUCCGGCUGCACCCGUCUCGGGGGAUCGCCGAAGUGAUCGACAUCUGCUCGGUACGCGUUCAACGUCCCCGCCAUUAA